GUGAAUUAUGUUCGGAUACGACAACCUUUUACACUAGCCUGUACUCCUCAACGUCACCCGAUCAAUGCACCAUUGGUGAGCUAUUAGGGUCUUUGCCUGACACUCUACGCUUGCCAUUGACAGAACAGCAGAUAAUGGUGGCACCCAUCACGUUUGAUGACAUCCUACAGUGUGUGUCGCGUUGCCCCAAGACCAGCAGCCCGGGCUCUGACGGUUUAUCUUAUGGAGUUUUACGGCUGAUUAUCUCCCAUCCAGCGUGUCGAGAACUUUCCCUAGCAGCCUUCAACUCUGCUCUAACGGAUGGCAUGUUUCCAUCCUCUUGGUAGGAAGCAACGGCACCUUUAUUAUCAAAAAAAGGGAAUCUUCCAGAUCUGCGAAAUUGGUGUCCUAUCUUUCCAAUCAACGCGGACGCUAAAGUUUAUACCCGUAUUCUUAACAGUCGUAUGAUUAAAAGUAUUAUUCAUCUUUUCACACCGCUCCAAACAGGCUUCGUUCGCGGUCGUUUUAUUGUCGACAAUGGUCUGUUACUCAAGAUGAUCGUGGUCCACGCUCAAGGCACUCG